AACUACCCACUGCAACAGCUCACUCCGAAAGGCAGCCAACAGCCAUGACCUCGAUAGCGACGGGCCUCGCGCAGGCUCUCCCGAAGCCCAAGUACGAUGGAGAACAUGAAGAACCGCGGGUAGUACAGCGUGGUCCGCGAAUCGUCAGCGCCGACCAGAUUGACGAGACGCAAAUCGUCGUAAGGAGAGCUGGACCACCACCGUAUCCCAACCGAGUAGGCUGGCGGCCACGCGCGCCAGAGGACUUUGGCGAUGGCGGCGCGUUCCCAGAGAUCCCCGUCGCUCAAUACCCUUGGGGCAAAAACAACGGCUCAUCUAAGUCCAACGCCCUUGUGGUGCAGGUCGACGCCGAGGGCAAAGUCGACUACUCGGCUAUUGCACGACAAGGGCACAGCGACCAGCGCAUCAUCCAUGCCUCCUUCAAGGACCUGAUCCCGCUGCGGCAACGCGCCGAGGCGGGUGAUCUCGACCUGUCGCGUCCCAGCGAAGAGGAGGUUGCGGCCACGGCGGAGCGGACCAAGAAUGCGCUUGCCACGUUGGUAAGCGGCGCCUUGGCAGCACAGAAGCCGAAGAAUGUGAACGUGGGCGGGAGGAGAGAUCCGACCUUUGUUAGGUAUACGCCGUCGGCGCAAAUGGGGGAUAGUUCGAAGAAGCAGGACCGGAUUAUGAAGAUCGUGGAGAGGCAGAGAGAUCCCAUGGAGCCGCCCAAGUUCAAGCACAAGAAGAUCCCGAGAGGACCUCCGACACCUCCGCCUCCAGUGAUGCAUUCCCCGCCUAGGAAGCUCACUGCCGAAGACCAGGAAGCGUGGCGCAUUCCACCACCGGUCUCAAUGUGGAAGAACUCGAAGGGCUUUACAAUUCCUCUAGACAAGAGAUUAGCGGCCGACGGCCGCGGGCUGCAGGAUGUCCAGAUCAACGACAAGUUCGCCCAGUUCUCAGAAGCCCUCUUCAUGGCCGACCGGCACGCCAGAGAGGAAGUCCGGCAGCGCGCGAUGAUGCAGCAGCGACUGGCGGAGAAAGAACGCCUGCAGAAGGAGGAGCACCUCCGCCAGCUUGCGCAACAAGCGCGCGCCGAGAAGGCAGGCGGGAGCAGGAGACGAUCACGCUCGGGCUCCUACAGCGGCUCUGAGUCCGGCUCGGAAACAGACGACUCGGAGCGCGAGCGCAGAGAAGCGCGCAGGGAGAAGUUGCGCGAGGAAGAGCGCAAGCUACGGCAAUCGCGCAUGGGUCACGAGCGGCGUGCGCAGGUGCUCGCUCGCGAAAUGGACCGUGACAUAUCCGAGAAGAUCGCGCUCGGCCUGGCGAAACCUACACAGUCGGCCGAGGGCAUGUACGACUCGCGCUUGUUCAACCAGUCGAGCGGGUUCGCCAGCGGAUUUAACGAGGACAACCCCUACGACAAGCCGCUGUUUGCCGCGCAGGAUGCCAUCAGCAGCAUCUACAGGCCGAGGGCGAACCUGGAGGAUGAGGAUGAUGAGGCUGCCGGCGACAGGGAGAUGGCGCGCAUCCAGAAGGGGAGCAGGUUUGGGGAGGCGCUGGGGAGGGGCACGUUCAAGGGGACGGAGGAGGCCGAGGCCCGGGAGGGCCCUGUGCAGUUCGAGAAGGACACGGCGGAUCCGUUUGACGUGGACAAGUUCUUGUCGGAGGUGCAGCAGGGAACGUCGUCAUCGAAGCGCGGGUAUGGCCUGCAGGAUGAAGACCCGCGUCAAUCAAAGCGGAGCCGGGUGGAUGAUGACGAUGAGUGAAGAGCUACUGCUACACAGUGUAUACGACGGAGCGAAAUAGAGUAUUAGGCGCAUUCUGAGUUCUGGACACCACCCCCCCUAUCCGGCUACUAUCAAAUCGACGUGUGGUCCCAACACCCUUCAACCUCGAACAUCCCCGCCUCCCGGAUAGCUCGGAUGCAGGUACAAUACAAUACCCCGAUUCCAGCCCUAUGGCCCCAGCAUAGGUGGCUCUAGGACCUGCCUCGGUGUUCUCUCCUCUCAUUUGACGAUCCCACACAGUACAAACUACGUACCUAAGCUUUUCGGCCCCUAGUCCCUAGCUGGAGAAAUGGGACUACCCCGGUUCGAAAUCGGCCGUGGUAUCCGUAAAAUAUAAGGCUACUGACCACACUCCGGUUGCAACAGGCAAAUCGGGGUCCAUUGAUUUUUAUCAGGCCGAGCGCUUCACGACC